AUGUUUGAGGCGACAUGCGCCAUAGGUGAAAUUUUCCAGCUAAAAUCUAUAGAUCGCACUGCAACAAAGGUAGAGUUCAAACAAUACCUCCGCGAGCGUGCUGAUGAUGAUUACAAAGCCGAUGAGAAUAAACCAUUAGUUAUAGGAGACCCUAAAACCUAUAUUCCUCCAUUAGAAUCUCAAAUAAAUUAUUACAGAACAUGUGUUCAUCUGAUUGGUACUGCUUUGAUUACGAUGAUCCAAACCUACAUGAAAUCGAUAUCCUUAGAACAGAUAGACUUGCGGACGAGGUUUGUUCAUCCAAAAAGCUUGCGGAUUUCUCAUUUGUUGCCUUAGUU